AUGACCUAUUUUCUAAUUGCUGGUUCAAUAACACUGACAUUACUGGUUUUACUCAUACUCACCAUUGCUUAUUAUACUUAUAAUUUGCGCAAGAAUAAUAUAUUUCGUCGUCUUGGAAUGCCUGGUCCAGAACCCAUUCCAUUCAUUGGCGAGGCUUAUAAUAUUAUACGCAAGUUCUUUUUUUUUAAGGGUCUUAUUCAAAAUGACAUAGAUCUAAUUCAAAAAUACGGCAAAAUUGUUGGAAUUGUUGGAGGAAAAGCUCCAAAUAUUCUUCUCUCUGAUCCAGAUCUUCUUCGAAAUGUUCUCAUUAAAGAUUCAAACAUGUUUAUCAAUCGAAGAGCUUUUGAAGGUAUAUCAGGUCCUUUGGAACACGGUCUUCUAGCAUUGAAAGAUGAACUGUGGAAAAAUGCGCGAUCUAUUGUUUCACCAACAUUUUCUACAGCAAAACUUAAAGCAAUGUAUAGUCUUAUGAAUGAAAUUAGUGAUACGUAUUGUGAACGUUUUCUUGAAUACGCUGAUAAACAAGAAAUAAUUGAUAUGAAAGCACUAAACAGCCAAUUUACUCUUGAUAAUAUUGCUUCUUGUCUAUUUGGAAUUGAGACAAAUUCUUUGCAGAAUGAAAAUAUUACUUUGGUCAAUUAUUUAAAAAAAUUUUUUAAUCGAGGUCUCUCCAAUACAAUUCUCUUUGUAUAUUUUAUUUCACCGCGAUUGGCCACGUAUUUUGGAAAGAAAGGCUAUUCAAUGUUUCCUAAAGAUGCUGUUGAUUAUACAACUAAUCUUCUCAAUCAAAUAUUAGCACAACGUCGACAACAUUUAGAAAGGCGAAAUGAUUUUAUUCAAAUGAUGAUUGAUCAUGAAGAAGAAAUUAAUCAUGAAGUGAAUCAACAAACACAUAAAAAAGAAGAACAACAACAAUGGGGAACACUUAAAAAAACUUUGAAUGAUAAAGAAAUACUUAGUCAAGCAGUUGUAUUUUUGCUGGCUGGUUAUGAAACAACAAGUAUAUUAAUGACAUGCUUUUUCUAUAUCAUGACAACAGAACCAGCCAUUCAAGAAAAGGUUUAUGAGGAAAUUCGACAAGAAAUUGGAGAUGAUGAAGUUACCCAUGAAAAACUUAAUCAACUUCCUUAUUUAGAUAUGGUUAUUAGUGAAACACUUCGUAGAUAUCCACCAGGAAUCAGAUUUGAUCGUAUUGCGGCAUAUGAUUAUCAACUGGGUGAUUAUCAGAUACCAAAAGGUACUAUUGUCAACGUAUCGGUUUAUCCUAUUCAUCAUGAUCCCGAUGUUUGGCCUGAUCCAGAAAAAUUCAUUCCUGAAAGAUUUUUGCCAGCUGAGAAAGCUAAACGUCAUCCGAUGACAUAUCUUCCUUUUGGUGAUGGACCUCGAAAUUGUAUUGGAAUGCGAUUUGCAUUAUUAGAAGCUAAAGUUGGAAUAGUUAAAGCACUUCGUGCUGUAGAAUUUCAAAAAUGUGAAAAAACAGCAGUUCCACUAGAAUUGGGAAAGUUUGAAAUCAUAAAUAGCAAAAUUGGCGUUUGGGUACGCGUUGUUCGUCGAUCACAAUAG